ACCGUGACGCGCGCCUCUGCCCUCUCCUUGCAGCGGCGGCAGCUUCUCCGGGGCAAGAUGCCGGAGCAGAGCAACGACUACCGGGUGGUGGUGUUCGGCGCCGGCGGCGUGGGCAAGAGCUCGCUGGUGCUGCGCUUCGUGAAGGGGACGUUCCGGGACACCUACAUCCCCACCAUCGAGGACACCUACCGCCAGGUGAUCAGCUGCGACAAGAGCGUCUGCACCCUGCAGAUCACCGACACCACGGGCAGCCACCAGUUCCCGGCCAUGCAGCGCCUCUCCAUCUCCAAGGGCCAUGCCUUCAUCCUGGUCUUCUCGGUCACCAGCAAGCAGUCCCUGGAGGAGCUGAAGCCCAUCUACCAGCAGAUCGUGCAGAUCAAGGGCAGCGUGGAGAGCAUCCCCAUCAUGCUGGUGGGCAACAAGUGCGACGAGACCCAGCGGGAGGUGGAGAGCAGAGAGGGGGAGGCCGUGGCCAAGGAGUGGAAGUGCGCCUUCAUGGAGACCUCGGCCAAGAUGAACUACAACGUCAAGGAGCUCUUCCAGGAGCUGCUGAACCUGGAGAAGAGGAGGAACGUCAGCCUCACCAUCGACGGCAAGCGCUCCAGCAAGCAGAAGAGGACAGACAAAAUCAAGGGGAAGUGCAGCAUCAUGUAGAGCCCCGGACUGGCCCGCGCGCCCCCCCCCCCCCCCGGCCCCCCCCCCCAACCCCCCCCCCCCCCACGGCCGGACACCGGCGUCACAGCGGGGCCGUCCCCUCGCCCUCCCUGCGCUCGCCGUGGCCGUGCGGGGAGGCUGUGGCCCAU